GCCACGUCCUAACCACGCCCGUCCCCCACCUAGAAACUCCCUGGCUAGGUGGGGCGCAGUGUGCGCCGGGACGACUGGUGACGUUGCACAAUAACAAAGUAGGCAGCGAGGGAGGAGUGAAGUAUGUUUAUAUUUUGUGAUUGAUGGCGACACGGAUGCGAGUUCUGUCUCUAUGGCAGGCAAUGAUCAUAAUUUCGUGAAACAUCCAGGCAAAAGAUAUUGCCAACCCGAAAGAUCAAAGACGUUAUUUGAAGAGAUCCGAGCAUCUGUUACAAAUAACUCAAAUGAAGAUAGAUCCUUCUGGAGACCUGUUCUUCCAUCGGGUGGAGUGUAUACCAUUAAAGCUGGAAGAAAGGCAAUGGCCUGCACACCAUUGUAUGUUAGGAUAAGCCUAAAAAACACUUGCAGCAUUGAUGGGUUUUUGAUGUUGCUCUAUGUAAUUCUCAGUGAAAAUGAGAAUUUUAGUCGCGAAUUGUCAAGCUACUUGGGAAAGGAAUUUGUUGAGCGUUUUCUGUAUUUGAUGGACUCUUGUAAAUUCACAACUGUCAAGUUGUUGUGGAUUUGGGAUAAAAUGGAAAAAUGUCAAUACAGAUCAGAAGUCCACAAAGCUUCAUUAGAAAUUGAUCUUUUUGGAAAUGAACAUGAAAACUUCACAAGAAAUCUGGAGAAUCUUAUGUCUACGAUCCAGGAAACAUUUUGUUCUAAUAGGAAAUGUCCUGCACGUGCACAGGAAGAUCAGCGCAAGACAAUUAUUAUCUUACCUUCACAUGAUUCUUUCUUGGGAGAUGUUAUUCAAGCAGCAGUUGAUGAAUUGUUCUGUCCCAGGACUCAACUAUGCAAAGAACUUGGGUGUAAUGGUCAGCGUGUGUUCACACAGAGAAUAUUUUGCCAUGAUGCACCUCCAUUUGUCAUUCUAAAUAUGGAGCAAUGGAAAUCUGAGGAAUUGGCCUAUGUUCCAUAUAAUUUAGCUUUAGCAAAACAAAGAUACACACUGGAGGGGGCAACACUUUUCAACAAGGAAGAACAUCAUUAUUCUGCUGCUUUUAUGAUUGAUGGUAAUUGGAUGCAUUAUGAUGGGCUUAGAACUGAGAACUUGGUCUUUUUAAAUAAACCUCCAGAGCUGUUGCUCUUGUCCUCCCUUGUCUAUAUUCGAGAUAGAAGUGAUUAAAAGCACCUUGUUUUUCAGAAAAUGUGACGUAUGUACAAUACAACACAAGUCAUUCUAUCAUUUUACGACUGUGGGGAGAAAAUUAAACCAACUUGGCAUCCAAGAAAAAUGGACUAUAAAGUUCUGAUUUAUUAACCAAAACAUUUAUAACCGAAGGCACAAGGAACUAGCUUAGUUAACUUGAACUAUGCAAAUAUGUACAAAAGACACUUUCAAAUGUAUCUUUAAUACUUAAUGUUUAAUAUUUUAUACAAAAUUGUAUAUUGGAAUAAAGUAUCUGUUUUACAUGACAUUUUAAUGGUACAUAAUCAUGUAAAAAUGUGUAAAAUUACAAAAAGCCAUUGCUUAUUGUUGGUUUUCUAGUGCAUAAUACCAGAUACGUCACUGAAAACAGUAACGAGAAAAAUUCGCUCCUUUAAAAAUAAUUGACUGCUAGGUAAGAUAUUAAAACUAUUUUAAAUGAUAACAUGACUGGCACUAGCAACAUAUCAGUACAAGGAGAAAAUAGAAUUUGAUGCAACAUAAAAUGUUAAGAUAUGUGAAACAAAAGCAAAUUCUAAAAAGAAUUUGAAGUAAAAGGUAAUGGUCAAAACUGAAGUCUCAAACCUAUGUGUUGAAGCCAUUUAUAGCUGAACUAUCAGUCUUGGUGUAUUACCUUCUUUUCCUCAAGUUUAAACACCAGAAUUUAUUUCUUUGUCAUAAAUCUAGAAAACAGUUGAGGUAAAAUUACCUGUUUGGAUCAUUAUUAAUGUUAAAAUUACUUGUAAAUACUAACACAACAGAAUUAAAAU